AGGUCAUGCUUGGUACUUAUCACCACAUCCAUUAAACUUGGCAUGAGCCGUCGUGCGUAACCGAAUCAAAACAUUGUCAACAUGCUCGUAAUGUCGAGCGCAUCUAUCCUGACAGGCUGAGAAGGUGGGUGGAAAAGUGUUUUUGCUCAGCUAACCUUGUGGAAAGUGCUAACUAAAAUAACAUUAGAAGCUAGCUUGAUCAAGCAAGCUACUCAAAAAUGCAUUUUUCGAUACCUGAAACUGUCCAAGCUACGGAUGACAACGGAUCAAAAUACUGGAACUUCCACAUCCACGUCAAUGGUGUUUAUCAUUGUAAGUUACGAUACAGUCAAUUAGACAAGUUUUAUGAGCAGCUCCGUAAUGAGUUUCCAGACCGAACACCAACAAAGCUGUUUCCAGGGAAGAAAUUAUUUGCCUUAACUGCUGAUCAGCUUCAAGAACGCAGGGAGCAACUUGAAAAGUUUAUUCAACAUAUUAGUCAAGACCCAGUGAUCGGCAUCAGUGAUCAAUUCAAUGAUUUUUUUCUGAAAGCACAACAGAAUGGAAGGGAAGUAGAAUCAAAAGAAGUGACGUUAGAUAUUUAUCUAAUGAAUGGUAACAAAGUGACUAUUUGCGUUUCAAGUAUUGACCAAACAGAUGAUGUACUCGAGACUGCAAUGAAGAAAAUUGGAUUAGCUGAAAAAUAUUUCUAUUAUUUUGCUCUCUUUCUGGUUGAGCGAGGUUCUGAUGGCGGAAUAAACGUUGUUCGAAAGUUACAAGAUUUUGAAUCCCCAUACCUGUCAUUAGAAGCAGUUGAUACUCCUCACAGAAUCGUGAUUCGAAAAAAUUAUUGGAAUCCUAAAUACGACGACGAUUUAUUGGAAGAUAGAAUAGCCAUGAAUUUACUCUAUGUACAGAUUACAGAUGAUAUGGACCGAGGCUGGAUGUUAUGCACAGACGAGAACAAAGCAAAAAUAGAAAAAUUGCAGGGAAAAGGUUCCCGAAAAGAGGUGUUAAGACUUGCACGAACGUUUAAAUUCUAUGGUUACACUCACUAUCAACCAUGUACAGCAGAUUAUCCAUCAGAAGAUUCUGUGGUCAUGAUGGCUUCUGGUGAUCGAGAAUUCAACAUACGAGUCAGAACAGAUGAGGAUAAAAUGUUGGAAGGUAGUUUUAAAGUUCAAAGAAUAAGAAGUUGGCGUUUGACAUCUUUGCCCUACGCAGAUAAAUCGAACGAAUCAACCAAAGAAUCGCUGCAAUUCGCAUUCGAAUAUUUAUUUGGCAAGACUGACUUGCGUUGGAUCACCAUACAAAGUAAUCAGGCGAUUAUGAUGAGUAUGGCGAUGCAGGGUAUGGUUGAUGAAAUAUUGAGAGAACAACAAGGAAAAGGGAUCAGAACGCCAAAACCAAAAAACAGUAAAAAGCGAACUCUAUCAACAUCUUCAGACGGUGGGAAAUCAGCUCCCACUCCUGCAGAUGCUUCUAAUGAAGAAAAUACGAAAAAACAGGGAAACAAAUCGCUUAUACAUUCUUCUAAAAUACAGGAAAAAGCGAGAAAAGUUCGACAAAAUAAAAAGAAUGCUGGUGUCAACGAGGUAUUCGCUGAGGAUAUUGGCGACGAUGAUUUAUAGUGACACUACUGGAUAAAUACCGGUAGUAAAUGGUCAUCAUCCGUGGUAAAUGGCGAACUUUUGUUGAAUUAAUAUAUCGUGUAUUAAAGAAAAUAGCAACUUGCUUAGAUGUAAGUGAUUUCCAAAAAAGCCAUUGGACAGAAGUAACGUGACACUGUGUUUAAUCUAAAUCACGUCUUCUGAAAACCACGAGCAGAUAUUUUUAAGAACUAUUUUAUCAGGAAUUUUUUCAAAUAAAUGGUCUACAUCAAAGGAGAUACAUUCCUUGUCCUAAUAAUACCAUGGUUAAAAAAGGGUAAAUAAAAAGUUCAUUAUCAUACUUCGCGAUUUUUAUCUAAAAUCAAGACUCUAACACAUAGAAAUAAAUGUUUGAGGGAAACCCAAGUUUUGAUAACAUGCAAAAAUCAAUAACUUCUCUGGACAAAAUCUUACUCUUGAAAAAGUUUUUGGAUGAAAGGAUUAUUCGACUGGACAAAAAUUUUCAGGAUAAGGCUGGUCGAAAUAUUUGACGUUUUUUCCGUUGAUUUUUAAAUGAGUCAAACGUUUUAUGUGUUCGCUAUAGAGAAAAAAUUCAGCGUAAGAAAUAGAUGUAAAUGUACACACGAAUAGAAUGUUGUUAAAUUUUUAAAAUGGUUUCGUUAAAAGUUUUAUGUCGUAGUUUUCUUUUCUUUUUUCUUAACUUUUAAUUUGUACUAGAAAGCAAUUUUAUUGAGGGAGAAUCUGACGAUAACCGGGCUGGCUCGCCUUUGAUAUGCCAAUGCCAUCUCGUUUAAUCGUGUAUGAAAGCGAGGCUGUUAGUUAUUUAAUAAAAACGAACUAGAUGCAAUAUCUUUGUUGAUUAAUUUUUAAAAAUUCUAAACAUUUUUUUUGGUAUUUUUUAUACACUGGUUGUUUUUUUAUAGAAUUAAUUUUUUGUGUUUGUGAGAUGUAAAAGUUAUAUAUAAUUGUAAAUAUAAAUUUAAUCAAGAAAAUGUCAACAAGAUGGAGAACAAUUAUG